CAAGACAAUGUCAUGAUUGAAGUAAUAUAGACAUGGAUGCAUCUCUAUAAAGAAAAGAACAAAACAAAACAAAAAUACAAGGCAACUUGAAUUGUACAGAUGCAGAUGAAACGACUGCUCCAACAAGCACCCGCAGACUAUCUAAGAAAAAUUUACCAUUAUCAUCAAAAUCUCUCCACAAUCUUUCCCUUGUGAGGUUGUUGCUAAUGUUCAUUUUUUGACGGAAGAAGAAAAAACUAGUUUCGAUGGACGAUUUGCCAGACCAAUUGGUGUGGGAUAUCUUGAGCAGGGUCAAGAAAACUGUAGAUAAAAACUCUGCUUCACUAGCAUGUAAACGUAUCUAUGAACUGGAUAAUGAACAAAGACAAUCUAUGAGGGUUGGUUGUGGACUAGACCCUGCAAAUCAAGCCCUGGCAUCGCUCUGCAAUAGGUUUCCUAACUUGGCAAAAGUAGAAAUAACAUAUGCUGGUUGGAUGUCUAAGUUGGGAAAGCAAUUAGAUGACCAAGGGCUUGUCAUUCUUGCCAAUAAUUGUCCUUCGCUGACUGAUCUGACACUGAGCUACUGUACAUUCAUAACUGAUGUAGGUCUUCGGCACUUGGCUUCUUGUUCCAAGCUUUCUGCCUUGAAGUUGAAUUUCACUCCAAGAAUCACUGGUUGUGGCAUUUUAUCUCUUGUUGUGGGCUGCAAGAAUCUUACAAUUCUUCACCUUAUUCGAUGUCUUAAUGUUACCAGCGUUGAAUGGCUUGAAUACAUUGGAAAGCUUGAAACUCUGGAAGACCUUUCAAUUAAGAAUUGCAGAGCACUUGGUGAGGGUGAUUUGAUUAAGCUAGGAUCUAGUUGGCGAAAACUAAAAAGGUUGCAGUUUGAGGUGGAUGCAAAUUACAGAUAUAUGAAGGUUUAUGAUAGGCUAGCUGUUGAUCGAUGGCAAAAACAGUGGAUCCCCUGUGAAUCCAUGUUGGAGCUUAGCCUGGUGAAUUGUAUCAUCAGUCCUGGGAGAGGGCUUGCUUGUACGCUGGGGAAGUGCAAGAACCUGGAGAAGAUUCAUUUGGAUAUGUGUGUUGGAGUCAGAGAUUGUGACAUCAUAGGCUUAGCUAAAAAAUCAAGUAACCUUCGCUCAAUUUCACUCCGAGUUCCUUCUGAUUUCUCGCUGCCACUUCUGAUGAACAAUCCACUGAGAUUAACAGAUGAAAGUCUUAAAGCCCUAGCUCUGAACUGUUCAAUGCUUGAAUCUGUCCGGAUAUCUUUUUCUGAUGGGGAAUUUCCUUCCUUUUCUUCAUUUACACAAAACGGAAUCCUUAAUUUGAUUCAGAUGUGCCCAAUUCGGGAACUUGCUCUUGACCAUGUGUAUUCCUUCAAUGACGUUGGUAUGGAAGCUCUUUGUUCAGCUCACUAUCUUGAAACCUUAGAGCUUGUCAGAUGCCAAGAAAUCAGUGACGAGGGGCUACAGCUUGUGGGGCAGUUUCCUCGUUUGUGCAUUUUACGAUUAAAAAAAUGUUUAGGGGUUACUGAUGAUGGAUUGUACCCUCUUUCUGGGACAGACAAAUUGGAUUUCUUAGCUGUUGAAGAUUGCCCUCAAAUUUCUGAAAGGGGCGUUCAAGGAGCUGCAAGAUCCGUGUCAUUCCGGCAAGACUUAUCAUGGAUGUAUUGAACUUGUAUUGGACUAAUAAAGGGGGUCUACAAAUUUAAUUUGUGCCGUCUUCAAUGCAUUUCUGUAAGUGAUCAUUAUUUGCGAUUUGAUCAAAAUCCUGUCUUCUGGAUCUGUUGCUUGUUGUAUGAUUGUUACUUAUAGCAGUUAGAUUAUUUGGCUGUGAUUGCAAAAUAUGUAAUGCUGUAAUUAACCAUAAAUUUGUUGAAUAAUACCAUGGUCCUUGUGGAUUUAUUAUGAAAUAGCAUUUUGAAA